AUGAAGAUCCUCUGCGUGGCCGAGAAACCAUCGAUUGCCAAAUCCAUCACCUCGAUCCUCUCGUCCAACAGCUCCACGAAUAGGCCAGGGAGAGACAAGUACUGCCGCAACUAUGACUUCCAAUACCGGCUGCCCGACUUUGGCGGCACCGUCGACAUGACCAUGACCUCGGUCAGAGGCCACCUGACCGAGAUCGACUUUGGCGAGGACCACCGCAAGUGGUACUCGUGCGAUCCCGCCACGCUCUUCGAUGCGCCGAUCGAGACGCGGGUCAGCAAGGACGGAGCCGCUAUCGGGCUCAACCUCCGCACCGAGGCGCGGGGCGCUGCUGCCGUCAUGAUCUGGACCGACUGCGAUCGCGAAGGCGAGCACAUCGGCGCAGAGAUUGUCGCAGAGUGCAGGAGGGUCAACCGUAACAUACGGGUACUUCGUGCGCGGUUCAGCGCCAUCAUCGCAAAUCAGAUCCACAGAGCAGCGCAGAAUACGGUCGAGCUCGAUUGGCUGUCGGCCGACGCCGUCGAGGCGCGCAUCCAUCUCGACCUUCGCAUCGGCGCAGCAUUCACCCGGAUGCAGACGAUGAGCCUCCGGUCUCGCGUGCCCGAGCUUGACGCCGCCAAGCAGCUGGUCAGCUAUGGCCCAUGCCAGUUCCCGACGCUCGGCUUCGUCGUCGAUCGCUACGAGAAGGUCAUCAACUUUGUGCCCGAGCCGUUCUGGCAUAUCGCAGUCACAAAGCAACGGACCCUGGCGGGCGCCGACCCUACUCCCGAUGACGAUCCGGCCGACAUCAAGGUCGUGUCCUUCCUCUGGGACCGCGGCCACGUCUUCGAUCGUACCACUGCCGAGAUCCUCCUCGAAGGCUGCAUCGAGGAGCCGCUUGCGACGGUCAGGAAAGUGAACAGCAAGCAGACCAAGAAGUGGAAGCCGUAUCCGCUGACCACAGUCGAGCUGCAAAAGUCCGGAUCGAGGCUGCUGCGCCUCGCUCCGAAGAAGAUCCUCGACGCGGCCGAGUCGCUCUACCAAAAGGGCUUCCUGUCGUACCCUCGAACAGAGACGGACCAGUACGACAAGGACUUCGACUUUCAGACCCUGAUCGCCAAGCAGACGAACGACACGCAGUGGGGCGCCAUCGCACAGCGUCUGGUCGACGGCGAGUUCGAGCGCCCGCGCAACGGCAAAAAGAACGACAAGGCGCACCCCCCUAUCCAUCCGACGGCGCACGCCAACGGCCUCAACGGCGACGAGAAGCGCGUCUACGACUACGUGACGAGACGCUUCCUCGGAAGCUGCUGGAAGGACGCCCUCGGGCGACAGACGACGGUCGAGAUCGACAUCGCUCAGGAGAUCUUCCGAGCCUCUGGCCUCAUCGUCCAGCAGAGAAACUUUCUCGAGGUGUGCACGUACGAGCGAUGGGAAGGAACCAUCUUGCCCGAGUUUUUCGAGGGCGAACAGUUUCUCCCGACCUCGUGCGAACUCAAGGAAGGCGCGACGAGCCGUCCCAAGCUGCUGACGGAGGCCGACCUGGUCAACCUCAUGGACAAGAACGGGAUAGGCACCGACGCCACCAUCGCCGAGCACAUCGCCAAGGUCAUCGAUCGCAACUACGUCAUGAAGGUGCAGGAGGGACGCAGCACGUACCUCGUCCCCUCGACGCUCGGCAUCGGCCUGGUCGAGGGCUACAACCGGAUCAACUUUGAAAAGAGCCUGAGCAAGCCUCUGCUGCGCCGCGAGACUGAGUACCGCAUGUCGCUCAUCUGCGCCGGCCAGAGGACUAAGCAGGAGACUAUCAACGAAAGCAUCGAGGAGUAUCGAGCAGUCUACGCCAUGGCAAAGCGGGACUUUAACACGAUCGUCGAGGCCGUCACAAGGUAUCUGCGAGACCCCAACGCAGGUCAGGAAGCAAUGGCUGCGCAGCUGCUCGACGACGGCGACGGCGGGGACGAUGGCGAUGACGACUUCAACGACGAGGACUUCAGGGGGCCGGAUCCGGACCCUCGGCCGGCUCCUGGUCGCGGCGGCGCUCGCAGAGGCGCCAGCACUGCGACUCGGGGGGCCGCACGAGGCUCGUCCACACGGGGCACGGCGACGAGGGGCCGGGGGAAAGCGGCAGCACGACGCCCUCGCGCAGCACCUGCGAGCAGCGCUACCAGAGCACGCGACGACGACGACGAUGACGACGACGAUGACGACGACCCCAGCGACGGCGAUAAUGACGCCCCGAUGGUGCCUGCGGUCCGACGCCGCGGAGCAGGGGCGGCGUUGUCCAGCAACGUUGGCCGUGGGACCGGUGCGCCGUCUGGACUCGCGUCCUCGGACCAGCCAUGCGACUGUGGCCUGCCGAGCGUCGAGCGCACGGUCGUCAAGGAGGGCCCAAAUACUGGGCGCAAGUUCAGGUCCUGCCCGAAGCGCAUGGACGAGGGCAGGUGCGACUUUUUCGAGUGGAGCGACGGGCCGUCGAGCGGCCGGAACGGCGAGGGACCCAGCAGGGUGACUCCAGCCAAGAGAGCACAGCCUGCUUCAGAGGAGACGAGCACCAGCUGGAUCUCGAGAAUGCAUGCGCGGACGGAAUCCCGGGCGCGCGAGUCGGGCGCUCCGCGCUGCGAGUGCGACCUCGAGGCCAAACUGCAGACGGUCAACAAGGACGGCCCAAACAAGGGGCGCAAGUUCUACAGUUGCACAAAGGAGGCGGUCCGCUUGAGGUGA